ACUGAAACCUUCUUUUAAUGCGAAACAAGUUUCAAGUCUCUCAUAUUAUACUUCACUAUAUAUAAACUGUCUAUGCACUUCUUAUCCUCAUAGAAACAGCAAGAGAAGACAGAAGCGAUGAAGGUUUCCAUAAGCAUCAUCGUUGUCCUCUUCUUUGCGACCUUCGUCGCCAUCUCUGCUGCCCCUUCCCAUGAAACUUGCAUAAGAAGAAACAUCGACAGGUCGCAACCACCUAGCUCUUCACUCGAAACCAAGACGGCAUCAAGAUUUAUCACUCUUGCGGAAAUGAUAUGCAGAGACAUGGCUCGUUCAGUCAUGUUCCAUGUGAGGAUCACCGGAAAAUUCCCAUCUCAAUAUGUAGAGGCGAUGUGCAAUGUGUUUGGAGAUGAUGAGAAGAAAGUGAAGGAGUAUGUUGAGAAGAUAUGGUUGGGACUGGGAGGUCCGAAGCUCGCGUCUAGUUUAUCUUGUGUCUUUCAUUGA